AUGAUGAACCGGCGGCUAACGGAGCCACAAAGAACAUCGGACACCAUUUGUCUCGCUACGGCGUCGUGUGUCGCCGCUGUUUUCCGCUCUCAUUAUUCGGCGUCAGGACUCCCGCAGACCCUCCACCAGAGCCUCGCCAAAGUGACGCUGUGGAAUAACCGCCUCCCACUGUCUCACAAACAGUGGACAGCUUCAUUGGACGCUCGUAUUUCACGCCCGGAUCUGAGCCCAAACCAGUUCAUUCUCACACACCUCAGCGUCUUGUGUUGGUCCUGCGCUUCGCCAACGGGACCCGCUGUAAAUCUUCAGCCGCCGCCUCCGACCUGUAGCUCCUGUCUCUGA